AUGAGGGGGGCUGGAACUGGGCGCGGUCCCGGGUUCGGGGGGGGAGGGGGGCUGGACCUGGAUGCGGUCCCGGGUUUGGCGGGGUGUGGGGGCUGUACUUGGGAGAGGUCCUGGGUUCGACGGAGGAGGGGGCCUAGACCUGGGCGUGGUCCCAGGUUUGACUGUGGGAGGAGGGCGUGGUCCGCUCCGGCGAGUCAGGGGGCUGGACCUGGGCGCGGUCCCAGGUUCGGCGGAAGGAGUGGGGGCUUGACCUGGGCACGGUCCCGGAUAGAGGGUGACUGGAUCUGGGCGCGGUCCCAGGUCCGGCGUCCCGAGUCCUGCGGGGGGAGAAGGCUGGACCUAGGCGUGGUCUCGAGUUUAGCGGAGGGAGGGGAGCUGGACCUUGGCGUGGUCCCGGGUUCGACCGGGGUUGGAGGGCUGGACCCUUGCUUGUUCUCGGGUUCGUCGGGGGGAGUGCUGGACCUGGGCGCGGUCCCGGGUCCACCAGGAGGAGGGGGCCUAGACCUGGGCAUGGCACCGGGUCCGGCCGUGGGAGGUGGGCGUGGUCCAGGGUCUGUUCGUGGGAGGAAGGCAUGGUCCCGGAUCCGGCGAGGGAGGGGGCUGGACCUGGGUGCGGACCCGGGUCCGGCGGAAGGACUGGUGGCUGGACUUGGGCACGGUCCCAGGUCUGGCGGGGAGGGGGGAUGGACUUAG